AUGGCAGACUCUCCUUGUGAAAUGUACCAUAUCCCAGGAAAGAAAAACUUGGAGUCUUUUGAGGAGCGCGGCAAAUGGGAGACCAAAAAAGAGUUCAUCUUGAGUGUAGCUGGUGCUAUUAUUGGACUUGGCAAUGUGUGGAGAUUUCCAUAUCUUUGUUACAAAAAUGGUGGGGGUGCAUUCUUCAUCCCGUACUUCCUCUUCCUUGUUACCUGUGGGGUUCCUCUGUUUGUCCUGGAAACAUCACUGGGCCAGUACACCAGUCUGGGAGGAAUCAUGUGCUGGAGGAAGAUCUGUCCGUUGUUUGAGGGUAUUGGAUACGCCAGCCAGAUGAUCAUUUUCUAUGGAAACAUCAGCUAUGUUGUGAUUUUAGCCUGGGCAUUCCUUUACUUCUUCUUCUCAUUCUCUGGAAAGUUGCCAUGGGCCAGCUGUGAUAACACAUGGAAUACAGAUCGUUGUGUGGAAAUAAACAGCUAUAAUACCACUGCUAACUGGACCUUAGCUGUGAAUGCGUCAUCAUCUGUUAUAGAGUUUUGGCAGCGGCGGGUGUUAAACAUAUCCACUGGCAUAGAAGCCAUGGGAAGCAUUCGGUGGGACCUUGCAUUGUGCCUUCUGCUGUCCUGGUUCAUCUGCUACUUCUGUGUAUGGAAAGGAGUGAGAUCGACAGGAAAGGCUACCUACUUUACUGCCACAUUCCCCUUCAUCUUGUUGGUGGUGCUGUUCAUCAGAGGAAUGACCCUUCCUGGAGCAUUCCAUGGUAUCAAAUACUACCUGUACCCUGAUCCUUCACGGCUAGCUGACCCACAGGUCUGGACAGAUGCUGGAACACAAAUAUUUUAUUCCUAUGCCAUUUGCUUGGGGUACAUGACGACAUUUGGGAGCUACAACAAGUACAACAACAACUGUUACAGAGACUCCUUCUAUCUUUGCAUGCUGAACAGUGGGACCAGCAUAAUGUCUGGAUUUGCCAUUUUCUCCGUUCUGGGCUACAUGUCAGUACAGCAGGGUGUUGACAUCUCUGCUGUUGCUGAAUCAGGUCCAGGACUUGUCUUCAUUGUCUACCCCCAAGCUGUCACUCUGUUGCCUUGGCCUCAGGUCUGGUCUGUGUGCUUCUUCUUCAUGAUCAUCUUAUUGGGUAUCGAUGGACAGUUUGCAGGGCUUGAAAGCAACAUGACCUCUUUAACAGAUCUCUACCCUUCCUACCUCCGAAAGGGAUACCGCAGAGAGCUUUUUCUGGUGCUGCUCUGUGUCGUUAGCUCUUUGCUUGGAUUAUGUUUAGUCACAGAGGCUGGAGCGUAUAUUCUGCUGAUCUUCGAUCACUACGUGUGCAGCGGCCCCACUCUCCUCCUGAUGGCCAUUUUCCAGUCAGUGAUCAUUGGAUGGAUUUACGGUGCUGGACGCUUUUGUGACAACAUCGAGGACAUGAUUGGUUACAAACCUCUGCUGCUGUUCAAGUACUGCUGGCUCUAUUUCACCCCUCUUGUUUGCAGUGGAACUCUGGUAUUUCUGCUCCUGAGAUACACCCCAAUGAGGUUCAAUAACAUGUAUGUCUAUCCUUGGUGGGCUUACUGGAUUGGCUGGUUUCUGUCUAUGUCAUCGCUAUCUAUGAUCCCAAUUACCAUGAUCUUCAAACUGGCCAAAGAAAAGGGAUCUUUCUGGCAGCGACUCAAGACAACCUCCCAGCCUGCAGAUGACCUUCCAGGGAUGGAGAAGGAGAUGAUAUGUAUCAAGAAUUGAACCAUGCUCGCAACAAAGAACAAAAAAAAACUGUAUCUUUUUCUUAAAUACAACUUAGUGGCUCAUUAGAUAAAAAGCAAUACUAUUUAAAUAUUUUCUACACAUGAUAGUGUUUCUGCAACAUUUUUUUUAUUCCAACCUUUCAGCAAAUGGUUUGAAGUGCCUCCUUUAGAUUUAAAGAGACAGCAUCAAAAUGAGUUGCUUUCAGGCACACCAAAGAACAAGUUUUAAAAAGGGGGUGACAUAAUGACAUUCAGCUUGAUUAAAAGCAGAACUCACAAUAUACUCAAGGGGGAUCUGUUACAGGAAUCAGGGAAAAUAUGCUACACCAUUAAUCACAAAAUUACGAAACAAUACUUAUUCGUAUAAAUGGAUCAAUAACCAAAAAUCCUUCAAAAAUUAAUUAUAUGUUUGAUUCAAAUCACUUCAGUAUAUAUUAGCAAAGAACCCAAAUAAUUGAAAGUGCAAAAUUGCUCAUUCUUUUUAUUUUUAAGAAUAAUGUCCGGAACGGAGUUCCAUAUCCUCCAAAACCAAAACAAAGUCCUGCAAAGGUUUUUCCGUUUAUGUCCAAAGUCCAAAAUGAAAAAUUCAAACGUCAAAACCCCCUCCAAAAAAGACAAGAAAAAAGAAAGGUACCACCAAAAUUCCCCAAAAAGAAAAAUUAAUUCCAGAUCUCACCGGAAGUGUCUUUGUUUCCCCUCGGUAGUGUCCUCUUGCACCGGGCGGCGUCCAUCUGACCAAAGGAUUACCAUUCCACUUUAUAUAGGCCGCAACGGAAUGAUUUGAAUGUGUGAAGGAAGAACUGAACAUCUUUGACACCUUUAUAUAAUAUUAUGGCCUAAAAAAUGUGUUUUAGGGAACAUGGGGUAGUGGAUCAUGUGGUACUGCCUAGGCUUUUAUCCUUAGUGACAUUUUUCUUUUUAUACAAUACAUUUAUGUUUUGAAACCAGUACUUUUACAUAUUUACUUAAGUAAAAAGCUUAAGUUGUACAGAAGUACCGAAGUAUUUUAAAUCCUAGUAUCUAUAGUUAUACCUCAGUAACAAAUGUGAAUACUUUUGACACCUCUGGAAAAAAGUAUGUUCAAUCCCAAAUUUAUGUGAAUUCUCUUGUUGAUGGUGAAUUCAACAGGACCACUGCAACAUUUUGGAUGUUGCAGUGGUCUAUUAGAUUGAUGAGUCUUCUUGUGUUUUUGAAAGCAUAACUUUUGAUACAUCCAGCCAGGAUCUGCAUCUGAGCUAGAUGGACAUGUAGAAUCUUUAUCCGGCUCGAGGAUAUAAUUUAUUCUAGCACAAUUCAUGUAUAAAGAGAGUAUCAAUGUUUCUCUGAGAUGCUGUGACUAUCUGUUGGAAGGUGGGGACAGCAGGGUACAGCAAAGGCCAGAAUUAUUUGUAGAAGUCUGCAGGAAAGCCAUCACAUCUGCAGAAAAGAUCCAUCCACAUUUGGACCGCCUACUUUAGCAAUAUACCAGUCUUUGUUGUUGAUGUUGAUAACAACAUAUCUCCCUUUGGGAUCAAAUAUGCUGUUUUUGCAGGUCAAGUGUGUCCUAUUAAUUAAAUUGCUACCCCUUUGUCUUUAGAAUAAUAGUUAAAUAAAAAAAUUGGAUAUUUUUAUUUACUUAGUGCAUUUGGAUGAUCUUGACGGUUUGUUUCCAUUAGCCCAAUCCAGUUGGCCAUGUUAUCCCUUCGAAAAAUACUGUGCUUCCCGUCCAGCCACUGAGUGGGCCUGAGAGUAAGAAAGAACUGAUGUCUGGUCCCAUAUUGGACAUGGGCAGAAUCCCAACACCUAAAGACAAGUGCAAAGGAAAAGAGAUCAGUUGGAUUUAUGAUGCUCACAGAUGCUGAAGGUACAUUUAAACUUAACAGAGAAAACCAAAGGGCUUUCGGACAAAAUCACAUGAUAAAAUGUUUUGUAAAACAUGAGAUUUAUUGAUUUAAAUCCUGAAUAUGAACAAAUUUGCUACAAACCCACCCAUAUGUUGACUUAUGGUGCAUUCAUACCGGAGCGAGUGAUUUACAUGUCAUCCCUAUGAAGAGGCUAAUUUAGGAGCAAAGCAAUGCGAAGGACAUAUUUCUGGU